AUGGAAAUCAAAUUGGAGAGCUAUAAUCUUGAUAUUGAGAUUGAUCAAGGGACUGUUGGCACAUCUCAACAAGCUGAAAGUGGAUUGCCAGAUGCAUUUGACAUAUCUCUGUCUCACUUUACUCUCGUUUUGGCACUUGAAAAUGAAUCUGGUGGUAUCCAAGAAAUUGCACUGGAGGUUGACAUCCGUCUAAUAUUUAAUUUGAGAACUACUGGAAUGAAUGAAAGCCAGUCAAACAAGAAUAACAGUUCUGUGAAGGAUGUUGCAGUUACUGAUGUCUCUUCUCCUUACUUUCCGUCAAAAAUCAUACGUGAGAACUCUGUUGAUUCACUACAAAUAACUAAACAGUAUCCUAGCUACUCUUCAUUCCAAAACUAA